UCCCCGUAGCUCCGCCCCCGCUCGGUGCAGUCAGUCCCCGCCAGCCUGUCUCCCUCACACCCAGCCCGCUCCGGUCUCCGCCGCUCAUCCUCCGCCUUCCGCGCUCUGCAUGCGGCUCUGAAGAUGCGAGCGGCCCCGGUCUCCGGCCUCCUGGCCCCCGUGGCCCUGCUCGUCCUCCUGUGGCCCUCAGACAGAUUCUGCGAGGCUUGCAGCUGCUCCCCCGUGCACCCCCAGCAGGCCUUCUGUAACGCAGAUAUCGUGAUCCGCGCCAAAGCCAUCAUAGGUAAAGAAGUCAACAGUGGGAAUGACGUCUAUGGGAAUCCUAUCAAAAGGAUCCAGUAUGAAAUUAAACAGCUCAAGAUGUUUAAGGGGCCUGAUAAGGACAUUGAAUACAUCUUUACAGCCCCAUCCUCUGCAGUGUGUGGGGUAACGCUGGAGACAGCUGGCAAGAAGGAGUACCUGAUUGCAGGUAAAGCGGAGGGAGAUGGGAAGAUGCACAUCACACUGUGUGACUUUAUUGUCCCGUGGGACUCCCUGAGUCCGACUCAGAAGAAAAACCUUAAUCAGCGGUAUGAGAUGGGCUGCGAAUGCAAGAUCUCCCGCUGUCCUUCCAUGCCCUGCUUCAUCACGUCACAGGAUGAGUGUCUUUGGACAGACUGGGUGACGGAGAAGAGCAUUAAUGGAAGACAGGCGAAGCACUACGCAUGCAUCAAGCGUAGCGACGGAUCCUGUUCCUGGUAUCGGGGCAGUGCGCCACCCAAGCAGGAAUUCCUCGACAUACAAGACCCGUAACUCUCAACCGCUCCGGAGGAGAGGACGCGGGCAGCUUUACCGUACUCCAGUUUUGACGUCACGUUCUGCCAAAUCACCUGCUCCUAAGGAAGGAAAGGCUGUAAAAUGACGGCUAUGGUGGGCAAUUAUUUAACCCCUUCAGUGCACAACUGCAUUGAAUGGAUUAAAUGUAUCAAGGAUUUGAGGGAUGGAUUCGUGUCUCUCCCUCCAUGUUCCCUUACUUUUUUUUUUUUUUUAUAAUUCCUUUGACUUCCCCCUACCCACAAAAACACACUCCUUUCUCUUUCAGACAGUCUGUGUUCUGUGCGCACAAUACCACAGGGAGGACCCCCAACCUUAUUCUGUGUAGCUGGCCUACAGCCCCCUUUCUAACUCGGGGUGCCUCUCUGGAACCCCACACAUUAUGUAUAAGCUUCUAUGUUAUUUUAUUUCUCUUUUCUUUGCUGGCAACGUUUAUAGACCAUUAAUGGAAUCGAUUCUACGGAGUGUUUUCUCCCACGCAGCGUAAAUAAUUGAGUGAUCCCAGGUAUCUGCUUGUUAUAUUCUAAUCUGGUUACAGCUUGAGCCCUAACUCCAUUCACCUCUGUGCGUUUUGGUUUUUUUGUUGUUUUCUGAUUCCUUGUAAAUAUAUUGGACAAGACAAAAAACAAAAAUGCGUCUUAGGGAGAACCUGCAGGGGAGUGUUCUUAAACCUGUAAAGGGGAACUACCAUGAAAAAUUAUCUUUUCAUAUGUUGUAUAACAUAUUAAAAAUGCCGCUUUGCAAAGCUGCAACAACCAUCAGCCUGAGGCGUCAAACAUAUUUUGAGGGGCUAUUCUCCCCUACUACCUCUCUAUUAUCGGUGAGUGACAGCCAGCAUAUUUUGGCCACUGAAAGUGGUUCUCCAAAAUCCUUCACUCUAAAGGGAUAUGGCGGUUACAUCUCUGCAAAAUAGCCAUUAUUCAUAUGUUCUACAACAUAGCAAAUAUAUAUAUA